UAAUUAAAAUUAAUGGACCGCAUAGAUCUUUUACUAGUUUUAUUUGAAAAUUGAACAAAACCAAAAUUAUCCUUAUACCCUAAAACCCCAAUCCCAAUUUCUGUUCAUCAUCACCUUCAAUUUGACCAGUUCAUAAAACGAAAGAGAAAGAAAAGAUGCUGAAAUUCCUCUCCAGAGUGAAGAUCGAGUUCAACGCAUUGGAUCCACGAACCGCAUCGUGUAUGGAAUUUCUCGCUCAAUGCAACUCACGAAAAGCCAAAGAAUCAAACCCUGCUUGUGAAGUUGAGGUGAAGCGUAAGAACGUGGAGCAUCCGCCGCAGAUCACGGUGACGUUCGUUAACGGCGUGGAAGAAGCUUUCGAUGCAACAUCGACGCCGGCGCACCAUAUAACGAAGAUGAUUCUGGAAAAAGGUCAGUUCCUCGAGACAGAGCAGAUGUUCCGUGAAGCAGGGGAACAAUGGCCGGUUAUUAUCCCCGAUGAAGAGCUCUCUCAACACGCACCCGGCACAAAACCUAGGAAAGCAGAGGAGAAGAAGCAAUAGCUAAAAUGUUCAUUGUAUUCACUGUUGGGAAUGGUUCUGGGUUCUGCUGCGUGUCUUGCUGUAUUUUUGGACUAAAUUGUUGAGUUCAUAUUUCAUAAUAAUUGAUAUAUCCGAAUUGCAGAAUUUUGAAAACUGCAGACUUGACAAUUGUCAUGCUUAAAUUUAUUUGUUCAAGUUGAUGCUCAUGAAGUUCUGUAUCAAUGUUGUAGGUUUUUUUAAUUCCAUAAUUUCUUGCACA